GUCGCUGCUGUAUUGGAUGAGAGUGCGAGUCCUCUAUCCUGAAGGUGGAGCGGAGUGCAGGUGUGAACGAGGAGUCCAGUUCCCAGCGGAUCAGGAUUGAGAAGGAGUCUGAUGGAGCUUAAUGAGGGAGUUCUCUCUCAGGUUGCAGUUACAGAACAGCUCAGUAAGCACUAAAUAUUUGCUUUCCUGUGUACCUCAAACACAUGGAGCCAUCAUGUAAAAGUGCACAAGAAACUUCUGGCUGAACACUUCUUGAAGCCAGAUGUUUUAGUGACUUGGGUUCUGAUAUUGACCUUGGAAUGCUCCCUGAAGAAAAAGAAGAUCUUGGUGUAGAACUGGCCAAGCUAGAAGAUGAAAUCUCUACCUUGAGACAAGUUCUAAGUGCCAAGGAGAAGCAUCUAGUGGAAAUAAAACAGAAGAUGGGCAUUACCCCACUGAAUGAAAUAAAACACAACUUAAGCAAAAGCUGGCAUGACAUGCAGACUUCUGUGAUAUAUAAAAAAACACAGGAGACUCUUAAUGCCACAGGGCAGAAAGCUUCAGCAGCUUUGAACAAUGUAAGUUCUACACUUGGCAAGAAACUAGGAGAGAUGAACUUACAAUAUCUCAGACUUCUGCUCCCAAACAGUCACCCUAUGCAGCAUUCUAUUAGUACGCCAACUACAAGAAAUUCUCCAGCGUUCAAAUCCUUUGAAGAACAGAUGGAAACUACAGUUAGCAGUUUGAAGUGCAAAGUUGGUGUGUCUGCCCACAGCAGUGGAAGUUUUGAAGAUGUGCUGAAUUCUACUGCCAGUGCUAGUAUUCAGGAAUCAACUUCACGAAAUCGUCCAGCAGAAGACAUUGAAUAUUUUUAAAUCUUUUCUCUCAUACUGUGGGGUUAAAAAUGUAUAAAUCUUGGUGUUAUUAGAUUUUAUUUAAAAUUCAGUAAACCUGUCUUUGAGUAUAUUGGGGAAAAUCGCCUGGAAUUAUUUAAAACAAAAUAGUGGGAAAAAACUUUCUACAUUAUAUUAAUAGAAAAUUGUUGCACAUACUUUUAUUCUUGGACCAUCUUUAUUAACUUAUAAAGUGCUUAUUUCUAAACAUGAAUUGUAAGCUCCAUUUGUACUUGUAUUGUAAUGCAGUAAGUUCACAAGUAACAAUUUCUGUUAAAAGGAAUGUUAUACAAACCACUGUUUGGAAUACUUAAUGUAUUGUACUUCAGAAGUCUUACAGAAAAAAAAAAUAUUUCUUGAUGAGGCUCCGUUUGCAAUUUUUUGAUGUUUAUGAAGUGAAAUGAUUUAAAAUUAUGUAUUUGGAAAUAGAAUUAACUAUUUACUGUAUGUUAUAGAUACUAAUCAAUGUUUUGUUAAAAUACUGAAGCACUUCAAAGAUAAUAUUCAGACAAUACAGUAUUUUUAAUGUAACCAUGGCUCCAUGCUAUGACAUGGAAGCAGACUCUUUGGUCCAACGAAUCCAUGCUGACCAUGUUCCCAAAGUGAACUAGUCCCACCCACUUGCGCUUGGCCCAUAUCCACCAAACCUUUCCUAUUCAUGAACUUAUCCAAAUGUCUUUUAAACAUUGUAACUGUACCUGCAUCUACCACUUUCUCUGGUGGGUCAUUCCACAUGCAACCCACUGUGUUUUUUUAAAAUUGCCCCCCCAACAUCUUUUUUAAAUCUUUGUCCUCACCUUAAAAAUAUGCCUAGUUUUAAACUCCCCCAUCCAGGGAAAAGAUGCGUGUAUUUGUGUUUUAUGGGAACAUGCAGGAUGGACAUUAAUUUGUGCAAAUGUACAGAAUAAUUGUACAGCACUUGCUCCGUGGUCCAGUUUCUUAGACUGUCAGAGGCUGAGGGGUGACCUUAUAGAGGUUUAUAAAAUCAUGAGGGGCAUGGAUAGGGUGAUUAGCCAAGGACUUCCCCCCAGAAUGAAAAAGUCCAGUAUUUGAAGGCAUAGUUUUAAUGUUAAAGGGGAAAGAUUUAAAAGGGAUCUAAAGAGCAACAUUUUUCAGGCAGCGGAUGGUACAUAUAUGGAAUGAGCGGCAAGAAGAAGUGGUGGAGGCUGGUACAAUUAAAACAUUUAAAAGGCAUCUG